AUGACCCCCUUGCUUUAUUUCCUAACUCGCCUUCGAGGUGCCACUGUUACUGUUGAGCUGAAAGAUGGGACGAAGGCCACGGGAACUGUACAGCGAGUGGAUAAUGAGAUGAACGUUUACCUGCUGAACGCUUCCGUUACUGGAAAACCUCCAGCCGAGCUCCCCUCUGCUUCUCUGGAGACGCACGCGGCCCAGGUCGUCGCCCCUUGGACCGAGCGAUUCAGUGAACCGGAUGCCUCAGCUAUGAGUCGUCGGAAUCAACCUCAGCAAAAGGCGAGAGAAUAUCGAAUCCGGGGAUCUACGGUUCGAUAUAUCAUUCUGCCCGAGUCAUUGAACCUGGAGAGCGCUUUGAAAGAAACGCGCAAGUUCAGCCCCAGAACACGAUAUCAGAAAGAGAGACACUGA